AGGUUCCUGCAUCACUAUCUCCAUCCUCCGUCGGCGGCGUAUUCUCCGCUCCGCCAUCCUCACAUGUCCAAUUCUCUACUGCUUCCCCUCCAUUUGCGGCCAAUACCUCAUUUCCCAUCCGCGCUCGUGCGCGUCGGAGACAAGAAUCCCUGCGCUGUACCUUUCUCAACUCUAAACCUUACUUCAACGUGCGCUUCCAGCAACCGCCGGCCACUUCUUCCGAUCAUGUCUUCGGAAUCUCUUUCUUCGUUGACUAAUUCUUAUCUGAAUCAACUCGACGACUUGGCUGAUUUCGAAAAGAUUCUCUCUCCCGACGGACGCAUCUCUAUCUGCGGCUUCGGUUCUCUCCUCUCCGAGAGGAGCGCCAAAAGUACUUUCCCGGAUCUGAUAAAUUUCAGAGUUGCGAGAUUGAAUGGAUUCCGGCGUGUAUUUGCACAUGUUGCUCCGAUUUUCUUCGAGCGUGGAAUCGCUAAUCCUGAAACCAAGGAGAUUUCAAGCUUGAGUGUGGAGCCUUGUGAGGGAGAAACCCUCAUUGUCACUGUCUUUGAGAUUCAAAAAUCAGAGAUACCAGCUUUCAUGGAGAGAGAACUCGAGUUCCGCUUUCUAGCUGUCCUGCCUGAAACGCUUGAAGGAGAACCCUUUGGCCAUCCUGCAGUGCUUUGUGCUCGGUAUAGUGAUGAAGAAUUUUUCCAGAUCAGAUGCAAAGGAAGCAAAGAAAUAUAUUUUCAGCUCUAUGGACGAUACAACAUUGAUAAGAUUUGGCGAGAUGAUGUCUUACCAUGCCGUGUCUAUCUUAGGCACUGUGUGUUGGCAGCUAAGAACCUUGGUGAUGUUGCAUACAACAACUUUCUGGAUCACACUUACCUUGGAGAUCGUAAGACCACCAUCCGUACAUAUUUAGCUACAACAGGUUCAGGCAUCACGGAAGAGGAGCCACCUGAAUCCCUCAAGACUCGCUAUGGUGGUUGACAUAAACAAAUGGUCAGAUAUGGUGGUUGACCCAUUUCACUCUUCGGCAUUCGGCAUUCUCUUCUCAUUUCCCUUUUAUUGGCUGGUUACUGAUACGCUGAGUGAAACUUUUGUAAACAAUAUUAAAGAAUAUCAGUUGUUCCCAUUUUAUUCUAACUCUGUCGAAUAUGAAAUGUGC